AUGGAGACUCACCGCGUCAUCUCCAUCGGCAGUGAGAUAUGCGAGCAGGACCAAGACGGCAACAAACCAGACGCCGGCGAUCGCCGCGGCGGCAUCGCAAGAACCACCAGCACCGACGAUGGCAACGACCCGCUCGUCUCCCUCUUCGAGCUCGCGCCGAUCGUCUCGCGACCGCGACCACGGGAGGACGACGAUUCCAUAGACCAGCAUCAGGCGACGAUGCCACAGUCGCUGACCGUGGACGACGGUAACGAGAGCCUCACCCUCGGGGAGCUGGUCACCGCAUUCAGGGCUCAGAGGAGGGAGCUGCACGCACUGCGCGCGGAGCUCGCCUCCGAGCGGCGCUUGAGGGCGGAGGCGGAGGAGUACCAGCGGCAACUGGAGGAGCAGGGCGAGCUCGACCGGGAGGCGGCGCGGCUGGCCAUGCAGCUCGUCCACGAGAGCGAGACGGAGAAGCACGGCCUGCAGCGGCAGCUCGACGCGUGCAGGGUCAGGGCGCAGCUCUACCAGUCCGAUUCCGCGGCCAUGGAGGACGCCGGCGGCGGGGGCGGAGGAGGCUGCCGGGAGGCGAACGGGGGUGAUGGCAAUGGCAACAAUUACCAGUCGCUCGUGGACUUCCUCCCGGGGUCGGUGUACUCCUCCUCGCCGGACCUGGCCAACCUCCUUAAACUCUACACUGAAUCUGGCAAUGCCGGCUGUCGUCAGAGGGACGAUUACGACGUGCCGGCCAUUGCGGUGGUUGAGGAGGCAGAGGAGGAGGAACUGGCCGUCGCCGUCACUGUCACGGUUGGCACUGAAUCCAGCGGGAAUGUUGAUGCUGCAUCCGCCAUUGUUUCUGAAUCUUUACACGAAAGCUCCAAUACCUUUCACGUCGAAACAGUAUCAGAAGCCGUUUAA